AAGAAAAUACGUCAUCUCGUAGCUACUACAUUUCCCAUGAGAACUUGCUCCGUUCAACUACAGGAGACAACAUGGCGGGAAUCGUAGGUUUCCUAAAGAAUGCAUGGAACAAAGAGCCUGUUAUUACGGCUUCCUGUGUGAUCGGAGCAGUGGGUCUUGUUCUUCCUUUCGUCAGCCCCCUAACAAAGUAUUCAAGAAUGAUGAAUUCACGUGUCCCAUACAUCUACCCAGUUCCUGUGCGAGAUGAUGGGACCUUGCCUGAUGUCCCUGCUCAUCCAUGUGAACCCAGUGGGCACAACAUGGAAUGGUUUAAAAAUCUAUAACUUCACAUUCUCGCAACAAUUGCCUAUGAUUUUCCUAUUGUUCAUAUUUGUCCACAUAACCUUCUACUUGUCAACGUUCAACAAUAAAAACUAUUUAAUUCUA